UUGAGAUUUUGUCCAUUGAUCUGAGGUUAGACAAUGGCCACUCCGGAUGUUCGGCUCAACCACACAAUCUAUAUCAACAACUUAAACGAGAAGAUCAAGAAGGAUGAGCUGAAGAAGUCGCUUUACGCCAUCUUCUCCCAGUUCGGGCAGAUUUUGGACAUUUUAGUGGCCCGAAACCUGAAAAUGAAAGGUCAGGCCUUUGUUAUUUUCAAAGAGGUGAACAGCGCCUCCAACGCGCUCAGAUCGAUGCAGGGAUUCCCGUUUUACGACAAGCCUAUGCGGAUCCAGUAUGCUAAAACGGACUCGGAUAUCAUUGCUAAAAUGAAGGGGACUUACGUGGAGCGUGAUCGUAAGAAGGAGAAGAAGAAGAUUAAAGGACCAGAAGGCGGUGGAGCGAAGAAAGGAGCAGCAGCUGCAGCAGCCAUGGUCGGUGGAGUUCCUGCUGCCAUGCCUGGAAUGCCACCCAUGAGCCAAGCACCUCGCAUGAUGCACAUGCCAGGCCAACCACCCUACAUGCCCCCUCCAGGCAUGAUGCCACCUCCAGGAAUGGCACCUGGACAGAUGCCCCCUGGUGCCAUGCCACCUGGUCAGAUGAUGCCAGGGCAGAUGCCUGGACAAAUGCCCCAGCAGGUGGCAGAAAAUCCCCCCAAUCACAUCCUCUUCCUCACCAACCUGCCCGAGGAGACCAACGAACUCAUGCUCUCAAUGCUUUUCAACCAGUUCCCCGGUUUCAAAGAGGUGCGUUUGGUCCCGGGGCGCCACGACAUCGCCUUCGUGGAGUUUGAUAACGAGGUGCAGGCUGGCGCUGCGCGAGACGCACUGCAAGGCUUCAAGAUCACACAGACGAAUGCCAUGAAGAUCUCAUUCGCAAAGAAAUAACACCUCCAGUGACCAUCGCCUUUCUACAUCCCCUUUUAUACACCUCAAGACCCAGGAAAAAACUUCUUAGGAAUUUUAUUUACUAAUUUGUGUAAGUUGGUUCACUCUGCUGGAUUACAUGUAAGUAUGCAUCGGUGGUUUUCUGCGCUGCACUGAAGAGCAGGUAAUUGUAUAAGAAGCUACGCUGUUUCCUUCCUUUCAGUUAUUCUCUAAGUGCAUCCUGUCUUUGUUAUAUUAGUAACCAAGCAUUGCACCCAGAGUCUGGUCUACCAGACAUUGUACCUGGAGCUUAUUUUUAAUUUUUUCGAAUAAAAUGUUUGUUUUUUCAU